CAUGGCUAUGCUCCCGCCCCUUGAAUGAUUCAAUUUCCAGCUCUGUCCGGAAAUAGUUAGUCGAUUAAUUCACUUCUAAUUUCCUUCCAGUUUGUUUUCUACCGUACAAAUACGGGAUUGUCAUCAAAAACAAGGAAACUUUGUAGAAGCGAGAUUUGUACAUUGCCUAGUCUGGUCCAGGUUUUCAUGCCUGCUGGCUGUGUGGAGCAACCUCUAUAGUCCACUUCAGACAGAGUGAAAUACUACAAUUCCCGAGCAUCUCCCCGUCCGCUGCAAAGCUACGUGACCCACUGAGUGGAGUUGAAAAGGCAGAAGUUUCACCCCAGUCGUUCCAGCGUUGAGGGCUUCUCGAUGACGGAGAACAUGUCAGGAGCGGCAACAAAAUUCCGUCUGGCACUUAUUCAACUCACGGUGUCCCCUUUGAAAGCCAGUAAUCUCAGCAAAGUCCGAACGUUGGUGAAGGAAGCAGUGUUGAAGGGGGCGAAGGUUGUAGCACUCCCUGAAUGUUACAAUUCUCCAUAUGGAACAAAUUAUUUCCCAGAGUAUGCAGAAAAAAUCCCAGGCGAGUCAACCCAAAUGUUAUCUGAAGUAGCAAAGGAGCAUGGGAUUCACCUUAUUGGAGGUUCCAUUCCAGAGGAAGAUGGUGGGAAGUUUUACAACACCUGCACAGUGUUUGCACCAAAUGGAUCCAUGUUGUUGAAAUACAGAAAGAUUCACUUGUUUGAUAUUGAUGUACCUGGGAAAAUCUGUUUCCGGGAAUCUAAGACACUUUCUCCUGGGAACACGUUAUGCACCUUUGAUACACCCUAUUGCAAGGUUGGGAUUGGGAUUUGUUAUGAUAUGAGGUUUGCAGAACUUGCUCAGAUUUACGCAAAAAGAGGCUGUCAACUUCUGGUUUAUCCAGGAGCAUUUAACAUGACAACAGGACCAGCCCAUUGGGAGCUCCUGCAAAGGGCAAGGGCUGUUGAUAAUCAGGUGUAUGUAGCAACAGUUUCACCAGCACGAAAUGAGAAUGAUUCCUAUGUGGCCUGGGGUCACAGCAGUGUAGUAAACCCAUGGGGUGAAGUUGUAACCAAGGCUGGUCAUACCGAGACUAUUGUUUAUGCAGAUAUAGAUUUGAAUUAUCUUGCGGACAUUCGUGAACAGAUACCAAUUCUAAAGCAGAAACGACAUGAUCUUUAUAAUGUGCAGGCAAUGCAAGAUUAAGAAUCACAGCUUUAAGACUGUACUCCUUCAAGUAGAAACAGUGGGUGAAAUACAAAUCUUCCAAUCACCUCACCAAUUUGUUAAUGAAUCUGAAAUGCUUCAGAUUUAAGACUGUAGGUGCACAAAACAUCAGAUUCUCUUGCUUAGAAUUAUGAAUUAUUAGCAGUAAUUCGUAAUAAAAUCUUCAGUUUCUAAAUGGCAAAUCACUGUUUAAAUGUCAUAUGAAUUUAAAAGUACAAUUUAUACUUUGUAUAAAAUUUUGCACUCUUAUAGAGUAUGUUGAUACCAAAUUGUAGGUUCUGAGGGGCUUUUACACUAGUCGCGAUGGGGAUUCAUAUCAGUAAAAAGAAUAUUUGUCAAGAUUUCUAAGGACUUCAAUGUGUGCAACCCUUUUCUAUUGCUGUCCUAAGAUGAGGAUUUAUGGAUCCAUAAGCACUUGCAGUCCUGCUCAUCACAGAUGAAUAAUUACCAAAAGGAUAUUUCACAAAUGGCUACACUUCAAAAGUACUUUGUUGCCUUUAAAGCACUUUGGGGUAUCCUGGAGUCAUGAAGUACUGUUAUAUAGACACGCAUUUUAAAAAAAAAAGUAAAGGCCACGCCAAUCAUUAUUUUCAUGUUGACACUUUCACACUUUAAGAUUGGUGACUGAUCAGAAGGACAUCUGACUGAUACUUGGUAGUUAGUGGAUACAAAGACUAAUUAAUAUACUGUGGUGUUCUAACAAAAAGAGCUAGAAUCUUCCUGCUCUGUAUAAUUUGGAAAGAAAGUUCAGAGUGGAGGAGGCAAAGUAAUUUUACUGAAACAAUAAACUGAAAAAUGAAGUUCAA